AGCUAUUAAACUUCACUGCUCUGUCCCAUCCCAUCUCAUCCUGUGCUGCACUAAUUUAGUGUAAUUUAGCUAAGAGAAAUUGUGGAUAUCUUCCCUCUCUUCUUCCUCUUUUUGCCUUUCUAAUUUACGUACAAGGAAGAAAAGUGGGAUGGCUGCACUAGUGUUCAAUGUGUUGGCUGCUGUGUUUCUUGUGCAGGUGGUUGUUCUGAGUGGGGCUGUGGUUUCGGCUCGAACCCACCACGUCGUCGGCGGCGAGGGUGGUUGGGGACCCGAUUUUAAUGUCAGUUCUUGGUUAGCUGGGAGGGUGUUCAGGGUUGGUGACAAAAUAUGGUUCAAGCACUCAGCAGGAGCAGAGGAAAGCAUCGUAGAGGUUGAGUCGCCGGAGGAAUUCCAAUCAUGUAAUCUUAAGAACCCUAUCAGAAUGUAUACGGACCCUGUAAGUCAUGUUGCCCUGGAGAAGGAAGGUGUCCGCUACUUCACCAGUGCUAACCCGGACAGUUGCCUAAACGGCCUUAAGCUCCCUGUUGCCGUUGUUUCCCCUUCUGAAUUCGACCCGCCGUUUCCGGUUCAGCCGUCUCCUGGCCUUGGGCCAUUUGACCCUGAAUUUGGCCCCUCACCGCCUAUUGAACCACCUCCUUCAUUUGGCCCCCCUGUGCCUACUAAACCACCACCUGCAUCCGGACCCCCUGUGCCUACUGAGCCCCCUCCGGCAUUUAGGCCCCCGCCACCCUCUGCCGCCACCCAUUUGAAUGGGCUAAACUCGGUGUUGUUCGCUGGGUUGAUUUGCUACAUGGGCAUCUAAGUAUAGCAGGUCACCAAUAUUUUAGUAUCACUUCUGUUAGUCCCCUUUGUUCCCAGUUAUGUUGCAGUUUGUUCUUAUUUUCCAGAACAAACUCCAAUUGUUGUAGCGUCACCUUAUUUAACUUUGUUAUGUUUGGCUUCAAGAUUUUUCAAAUACCUAAUAACGAAUCUUAUUUGGAUAAUUCGAUAUUA